CGCGGCGGCGGCGGGAUGGGGUCGCGCAGGGCCCCGGGGCGCGGCUGGGGUGCGGGCGGGCGGGCGGGGGCGGGGGGCGACGGCGAGGACGACGGGCCCGUGUGGAUCCCCAGCCCGGCCAGCCGCAGCUACCUGCUCAGCGUGAGGCCCGAGACCAGCUUAUCAAGCAACCGGUUCUCUCACCCCAGCUCUGGAAGGAGCACCUUCUGCUCCAUCAUUGCUCAGCUAACAGAGGAGACCCAGCCGCUAUUUGAGACCACGCUCAAGUCCCGGGCUGUGUCCGAGGACAGCGACGCCAGGUUCACCUGCAUCGUCACAGGAUAUCCAGAGCCAGAGGUAACCUGGUACAAGGAUGACAUAGAGCUGGACCGCUACUGUGGUUUACCGAAGUAUGAGAUCACUCACCAGGGCAACCGCCACACGCUGCAGCUUUACAGGUGUCAAGAGGAAGAUGCGGCCAUCUACCAGGCCUCUGCCCGCAAUACCAAGGGCAUCGUGUCCUGCUCGGGGGUCCUGGAGGUGGGCACUAUGACCGAGUACAAGAUCCACCAGCGCUGGUUCGCCAAACUGAAGCGCAAGGCUGCAGCAAAGAUGCGAGAGAUUGAGCAGAACUGGAAGCCCAGGAAGGAGGUGGUGGGAGAUGUCGACACCCUGCGCAAGCUCAGCCCCGACCGCUUCCAGCGGAAGCGGAGGCUGAGUGGGGAUGAGGUGUCAGCCCCCUUGGCCCCUACUGAGGAGGCUGAGGCUGAGACCCCAGCGGCUUGGCAGGAAGAUGAGACUGAGACUGGUCAGCACCCAGGGUUGGGUCUGAUCAACAGUUUUGCUCCUGGAGAUGUGACCACCAACGGGGAAGCUGCCCCUGAGAAUGGGGAGGACGGGGAGCAUGGCCUGUUGACAUACAUCUGUGAGGCCAUGGAGCGGGGGCCUCAGAGACCCCCCAAAAAGGAGUCUGGGGCCAAGAAGAAAAAGAAAGAUGAGGAAUCGAAGCAAGGUCUGCGGAAGCCAGAGUUAGAGAAGGCAGCUCGAAGCCACCAUUCUUCUGAAAACCGGGCCCCCAGUUCAGACCAGCCUGACUCCUGUGGGACACAGGGGCCCACAGACAUGGAACAGGUCCAGGCCCGGCCCAGAGGUAGGGCUGCACGGGGGCCUGGGUCCUCUGGAGUCGAUAGCACCAGGAAGCCAGCUUCAGCUGUGGGCACUCAAGACCAGGCCCAGAAAGCCCCUGCCCCAGGCCCUGUUCCAGGCCCAGACCAGCAGGUGUAUUUCUCCCUGAAGGACAUGUAUUUGGAGAGUACCCGGGCAGGCAGGCCUAAGGGGGAGGAGGGGUCCCAGGCACCAAGUGGCAGGGCACCUGGAGAUAUGUCCUCAGGGAAGGUACCCAGUGAGGCUGGAGGUGAAAGGAGUCCUGUUGCCCCUGGCCAGCCCAUGUCCUCAGCCCCCCAGCCAACUAGGCCUUUCAACAGGAAGAGAUUUGCCCCUCCGAAGCCCAAAGGGGAGCCCACUGCCAAUAGCAAGCCUGAUGCUUCCCUGAGCCAAGCCUCAGAACCAGGGGUCCAGAGCUUAGGGAAGGCCCCGUCUCAGGCCUCUGCCCAGGUGCCCACACCCCCUGCCCGGCGGAGACACACCACCCGGGACAGCCCCCUGCAGGGGCAAGCAGGCCACAGGACUUCAGGAGAGGUCCUGGAAUCCCAGGCAACCCUGGCUUCUACUGUGUUGGCCAGCAACAGUGCUGAUACGGUCUCUGCUGGAUGCAGCAACUCCAGAGGCCAGGGUGUCAUUGAGCCCAUGGACACAGACACCCAGGAAGAUCGGAGGACAUCUGCUGACCAGAAACCUGGAGGCAACAAGAAUACAGAGGCAGAUGGGAAGACGCAGGUGGAUAGGAGGACCCAGGGAGGCAGGACACAAACAACACAGAGGACACAGGUGGAUAGGAAGACACAGGUGGACAUUGUGCCCAAAGAAAGUGAGAGUCCAGCAUCAGCUAGGAGUCCCCAGGAGAAUGUGGUGGCACAGGGAAGGGCAGUGACACAGGCAGAAAGGACACAGACAGAUGAGAGGAUGCAGGAAGAUGGAAGGAUCCAGGAGGACAGAGGGACACGGUCAGAGGGGAGCAUAGCCACAAAAGGUCAGUCAGAGAAGGGAUCCAUGGCCAGCCUCAGCCCACAGUCCAGAGUCCCUGAACGGCUACCUGCAGAGGGUCCUCAGUCUCCUCAGACUAUUGAGUGUUUUGAGCAGACCUCAGAAGGGUCCUCUGUCCCAGAAGAAUCUGGUUUUGUGCUCACAUCUGAGGAGGCAGCAGCGCCAGUUCCCGGGAGCCCUCUGACAGCUAUGCUGGAUGCCCCGGCUGGUGGCCCCACACCCCCGGGACCCCAGCCUCCCCGUCGUGGUUCAGGGCAGCAGGGAGGGGCAAGAUCCCGAGGGUCUGAGUGGUCCGGUCUGGUCGAGAACAAGCCAGAGGAUGGCCUGAUCCCAUGCCCCAAGGAGGAGCAGCUGGGGGCAGUGCUGUCCAUGGAUCUGGGUGGCUGUCCCCCAGCCAGCUGGAGCCCCGAGGGGCCCAUCCUGCCCUUGCCCCCUGGGCCGGGCCUGCCCAAGAGCUCCAGGGAGGCACUGCCCAGCUCUCCGCCCUCUCAGCACAUGAGUGCUGCCACUUUCCUGCCCUCUGGGGACCAGGCCGUUCUGAGGUCAGUGCCCCCACCGCACCUGGGGCCAGGGACCCCUACCCAGAGUCACCUAUCAGCAACCACAGCAGGUGAUGGUGAGGGGGCCUGCGCCCAGGGCCCGGAUGUGGAGGGGAGACCCCCAGGCCCCCGGAGCUGUGACCCUGGCCUCAUAGACUCCCUGAAGAACUACCUGCUUCUGCUGCUGAAGCUCUCCAGCACAGAGACAGGGGGUGGAGGGGCAGAGUCCCAGGAGCGAGCUGCCCCAGGGGCCCCGGGGCCCUCACCCACCUUGGUCCCCAAUGUGGAAGUGGCUGGUCUGAGUCCCCGGACAUCCCGGCGCAUCCUGGAGCGUGUGGAGAACAACCAUCUGGUGCAGAGUGCACAGAGCCUCCUGCUGAGCCCCUGCACUUCCCGCCGCCUCACCGGCCUCCUGGAUCGUGAGGUGCAGGCUGGCCGCCAGGCCCUGGCUGCAGCCCGGGGCCCUGGGCCCUGCACCCUCACCGUCCCUGCCAUUGUGGUGGGCGAAGAGGAGGGCUCUGGGCUGGCCUCGGGAGGAUCCAGUGAGGGUGAGGCUGAGGCUGAGGCGUCCCCCGAGGGGCCUGGGUUCCCAGGGAUAUCCCAGGAGGGCAGUGUGGGUGGGCCACUGGGGGAGGCAGGUGGACAGACAGCCUCUGGUCAGGGACCAGUCUCGGCAGACAGGAGGGCCCAGGACUCCUUCCAACAGGAGGAGGCCCCGGGGGAGGCUCUGAUAGGCCUGCCAGCAGCAACCCCUGAGGAGCUAGCUCUGGGAGCCCGGAGGAAGAGAUUUCUACCCAAGGUCAGAGCAGCGGGCGACGGGGAGGCGGCCAAGGCUGAAGAAAGGGAGAGCCCCACUGUCUCCCCUCGGGGGCCCAGGAAGGGCCUUGCACCCGGGUCCCCGGGGACUCCUGGGCGGGAGAAACGCUCCCUGACUCAGGGCAGAAAGGCAGGGAUGCUGGAGGUGCCCCGGGCGGAGGAGGAACCGGCAGCAGGAGACCUGGGCUCAAGUCCCAAGGCUGGCAGUGUGGACGCAGAGCUGGCCGCAGAUGAGGGCAAGCAGGACACUCCCGCCAAACCCAGGAAAGCCAAAGACUUGCUAAAAGCCCCACAGGUGAUCCGGAAGAUUCGGGUAGAGCAGUUUCCUGAUGCCUCGGGCAGCCUGAAGCUCUGGUGCCAGUUUUUCAACAUUCUUAGUGAUUCAGUCUUGACUUGGGCCAAGGAUCAGCGCCCAGUGGGCGAGGUGGGCAGGAGUGCAGGGGACGAGGGGCCGGCGGCCUUGGCCAUCGUGCAGGCAUCCCCUGUAGACUGUGGCAUGUAUCGAUGCACCAUCCACAAUGAGCACGGCUCCGCCUCUACUGACUUUUGCCUCAGCCCUGAGGUUUUGUCAGGAUUUAUCUCCAGAGAAGAAGGUGAAGUUGGAGAGGAGAUUGAGAUGACACCCAUGGUGUUUGCUAAGGGUCUGGCUGACUCUGGCUGCUGGGGGGACAAGCUCUUUGGGCGCCUGGUGAGCGAGGAGCUACGAGGGGGUGGACAUGGGUAUGGCCUUCGGAAGGCCUCCCAGGCCAAGGUCAUCUACGGGCUGGAGCCCAUCUUCGAGUCAGGCCGCACAUGCAUCAUCAAGGUGUCCAGCCUACUUGUGUUUGGGCCCAGCAGCGAGACCUCUCUCCUGGGCAGAAACUAUGACGUCACCAUUCAGGGAUGCAAGAUCCAGAACAUGAGUCGGGAAUACUGCAAAAUCUUUGCGGCUGAAGCCCAGGCGGCACCCGGCUUUGGGGAGGUGCCGGAGAUCCUCCCACUGUAUCUCAUCUACCGGCCUGCAAACAACAUCCCCUAUGCUACCCUGGAGGAGGACCUGGGCAAGCCCCUGCAGCCUUACUGUUCGCGGGAGUGGGGCUGCGCUGUGGCUCCGGAGGCAUCUAGCAACUCCGAGGUCAGGCAGAAAUGCCAGACCUUCCAGCACUGGCUGUACCUGUGGACAAAUGGCAGCUUCCUAGUCACAGAUUUGGCAGGGGUUGAUUGGAAGAUGACGGAUGUGCAGAUUGCUACCAAACUGCGAGGGUACCAGGGCCUCAAGGAGAGCUGCUUCCCUGACCUGCUGGACCAGUUUGCCUCUUCCCACCAGUGCAACACCUUCUGUGAGAUGCUGGGGCUCAAGCCACUCAAGGGCCCUGAGGCUGCCCACCCUCAAGCCAAGGCCAAAGGCUCUAAGAGUCCAUCUACUGGCAGGAAGGGUGGCCAGCUGAGUCCUCAGCCCCAGAAGAAAGGCCUCCCCAGUCCCCAGGGCACCCGGAAGAGUACUCCAAGCUCCAAGGCCACCCCUCAGGCCUCAGAGGCACUCGCCACCCAGUUAUUGGGACAGCCUCCCACCCAAGAGGGUGGCCCCAAGGCCCAGGGCCUGCGGUAGCCCCCACGAGAGGCUGGGGGCCUCCACCCAGCAGCAGACCAACAAGCAGCUCGAAAUGAUGGAGACUUUCCUGAUACUACAGAACUAACCAGAGAAGGUGCGCUGAGGAGGCGCCAACUUGGGGGCCUCUCUGAGUGGCCUCUUUUCAAUCCACUCCUCAUCAGAUGGCUCUUGUGCAUGGCACUGGGUGAUCUUUCCUGGUGCCACUGUCAGCCGGGGCUCCCAGGGCCUAAUCCAUGUACCUGGCGGCCUAGGCCCUCCUUGAAGUUUACACUGGCCACUGCUGGAGGCUCCCCAAGUCCUCUGCAUGAGCUCUGCACCCAGCCCCUCACCCUGCCAGACCCUGGGGGCACACAGGCCAGCAUUUACCCUCUUUCCCUUUGCUCAGCCCUGAUCUUUCCCUGUCCUCGGGGCUCCAGGCUUCUUGUGCUGUGUCUGGCCUGGUGACUCUCAGGGAGCCUUCUCUUUCCGGCUACUUGGCCUCACACAUCCUGGCUUGUCCUGCAACUAACCUGUCACUGAGCCCAGAUGGGGCUCAGGGCCCUUCCAGAGCCUGUCAUGUCCUUGUGUGGUGGUCUUUGGUGACGUGUGUUCAUACCUCCUUCCCCCAGCACGCAGGCACUCACUCACCUGCUUCCCAUCUCCCGUCCCCCCAGCGAGCUGCCUUUCCUUUGCUGCUUCCCUGCUUAUUCCCUUGCCCAGGCGCUUCCCUGGCUGGAUUCUGUAUCCUACCCACCAGUCCACCCCUCCCCUGCCUCUCUCCAGCUCUCUGCCCAUGAGACAAGAGGUGGGUGAGGGUCAUGUCAGCAGCUGUGGCCUGAGAGCAGAUGUUGACUCUGAGGGACCUUGUGUGUCAUAACAGAAGGAGGUACAGUCACAGUGAAGUUCACAUCCCCUCCAGCCCACGGAUGGGGGACUAGCGGAAGGCACAGGGGAGUUCUAGGAAGGAUGCAGCCCACCCACGUGCUGGGGUGAGUGUGUCUCUGUGCCUGGGAAUUAGGACCUGGCCCAGCCAUUAGCUGUUGAUCCUGGGGCUCCAGCUCUGGGGCUUCACCUAUGGGCUCCCAAGGAACUGCUGUGCUCGGCCCAGCACCCUGGGUCCUUCCUGAGAUCCUCCUUGAGGCCUGGGAUGGGAUGGGCCUGGUGCUAGCCUGCUCCCCUUGGAAUGCAAUAAAGGCAGCCACUGUACCCUGCUUGCCCUCCAUUCAUCUGGUGUGGUUGUAGAUAUAUGGAGCCAGGGUCCCCCCUUCCCAGGCAGGUUCUCUGGGGGCAUCCUCUAGCCCCUGGGCCCACCACAACAAUAAAUCCAGGCUUUGGCUCCUGGAUGGACAUUCAGUCUCAGCCUUUGUGGCCGCAGGUACACGGUCUGUGCUGCUUGUACAGUGGGGCUGAUGGCCUAUGUGCCUGCAGAAGGGAUCUGGGGACUUAGGCCUUCAGAGAGGAAGACAAAGGAGGGAACCCAGGGAGGAAGAGCUGAGCUAGAGGCUCUGGAGAGAUAUCCAGUGUCUCUGGUUCUCUCCAUUGCAGCAAGGCUGGCCCUGGGGACAGCCAGCGUGUGCCUCCUAGCUACUCACUGGCUGUUUCCUUCUUCCCAUGCUGCAGAGGCUUCUCAACAACCUGUGUCACCCCCUGGGGCCUUUCCUUGCCUGACAUUUAUGCCCUUCCAUUCUGACAUUUCAGACUUCUCUACCUCCUCUUGUGCUCAGGUGACUCUCCCCCACUUUUUCUUCCUGCUCCCGUGUGCCCCCAACUCUCAGUCUGCAUAUCCAGACUGCCUUGGUGAACUGAGAGUUGGAAUAUUAUCUGUUCAUUCAUCCAUCUAUUCGGCAGAUAUAUACUGAGCACCUCCUUUAUGCCAGACCCCGCGUUGACAGCUGUUGGAGGCAAAAUUAUAUGAGGUAGUCUCAAAAGAGACUUCCUUCCCAUUAGGUUUCUUGGGUUUUGAGCAACAGAAAUGGACUCAGACCCACUUGAGCAAGGAGAAAAGGUUCGUGGGAAGGGUGUUGGGGCAGCUCCCAGAACCAAAGAAAUAGCUGAAUGAUUGGCCUUGAGAUGAGUGGGAGCCAGGGCAGAUCCAGAGCUUGCCUCCAGGCAGGUCAACACCAACCAGCCACUGGUUCCAGUGGGACUCCCUUCACUCAAGAUUCAAAUUCCUGUCCUAGAGCUCAGGGAAUCUUGGAGUGGGACAGAGGUGGUUUCCUAAAGGAUGAAGAUUCUUACCAGAAGAAUGGAGGAGAGGAGGAGGGUGGAAAGGACUUGGUGGCAACAAUGAAGAUACACAUACCACAUGCUCUCUCUCUCUCUCUCUCUCACACACACACACACACACACACACUGUUAUUCCCACCUGAUGUAUUGCAACUCUCCCACCUACACUGAAAAGCAAAUUCCUCUCUGCUUGGGAAGACCAUUCAAGGUCAUGUCCAAUGACUAAGUCCAGGGGUAGUGACCAGGGCUACCAUUCUCCAAAGUCCAGUGUCACUAGUGACACUCUUCCCUCUUCUAUCACAAUCCUAUUGUGAAAUUCUGCAACCUGUGAAUUAAAAUUAACUAUAUUCAACCACAAUUCUUGAACCCAACAAGAAAGGAAGUAUGGGUAUAGGCUGGAGUCCAUUUCCAGAACAGGUCACAAGGACUAGUGUUUAUGACUAGGGACUUGUUGUCUGUUGGAGUGACCCCAUGCUUCUGUCCUAAAGCCCAGCUCCUCAAUGGCCCUGCCUAGGUGGUGGGUGUUUAUUUACCACAGGACAUGGAAGCACAGGAAGCACUCUUGGAAUCCCCCAACUCUUGUCCCCCUUUCUAUGCAACAGCAAUCAUAUUUUCCCUGGAUAGGGUUAAUCAUCCUGCCACUCCCAUGUCCUUUUGCUGUGUGUUGCUCAGAGCUAUGAGGAGCCUGAAGUAGCCAGGUGUGCCUCAGCUUCCAAUUCACUUAUUACCAUGACAUUUUGAAGAUGUGUCUCCUUGGAGACUAAAACCUUUGUAUCAGCCUGGUCCCCGGCCUUAGAUGUGUGAAAGGCAUUGAGAUGUAGUGAUAGCACACCCCACUCCAACGUGCACUCCAGCUGGUAAGGGCAAAUGAGCACCAUAAGAUGUUUGCAGUUCAGAGCUUGUGCUACAGCCUGUGGCUCUGACCCAACCUGUCAAGGUGCUGUUUCUCAACUAACACCCUCACUGAGUUUUCAGCAAACCCUUGCACCAUAUUAUGGAGCUGACUGCUCCUGGACUGUGGGGAUCCUGGCAAGAUGAGUGAAUGCCAUAGGCGUCAACACAUUACUUUACUUUUGCUGUAGAGUGCAUUCUUUGGUUGGAUGCACUAUGUGGGGAUACCACAGUGAUGUUUACAGCAUAUGAUAAGUCCAUGGAUAUUGAUGGUGGGAGAGGCAUGAUGGGUAAGGAAAGCAAAUCCAAAUCUGGAUGAAGGGCCAUAGUGGUUAAGACAGAUUCCUGCUCUCUUGAAGUGAUAGGUGUAGGCUGAGGGGAACCUCAGCCACAGGGCAGGAGGAGGCAGCAUGGAAGAAUGAAGAACUCACACACAUGGCCUGCCUGUGCCUUCAGAGGCCUACCCUGGAGCAUCCCCUUGAAGAUCUGGCAGAUCAUGGGGACUGGUAGGAGAACCAUUUGUAUUAAAGGUUCUUCCAACUGGAGUACCCUCACUUGCUCUAGGCUCAACCCAAAACUGGUGUCCUUCUAGGUCAGUCAGUAUUGGGUUGGAACAAGAUGCCUUAAAAUUACAUUUUUGCCUGGAAUUGGGUCUUAGUGGUAAGGGAUUCAAAAUGUGGUAAUUUGUUUUACAUUAUGGAGGAAAUAUUCUGACCUGAUCAGACUCUUCAACCUCUAGGAACUUUAUCAAGAUCUUUUUUUUUUUUUUUUUUGCAUUUUCACAUGAUUUAUUUCCCACCUCUGACUCAUAUAUGUCUUAUCAAGGCAUCUAGGGAAGGUGCUGACUCCAGGCUCUAUAAGCAUGAUGCCAUCAGUGUGAGGGAACACUGUGGUGGUAAGGGAGUGUAGUGUCCUGUGAGCCAGGUUGUGGCAUAGAGCUGGACAGCUAAGACACUCUAUACUGCUGCAGGUCAGGUGAAGAUGAACUGUUUCUGAAGUUUUUUUUCUCAUCAAAAUAGAAGAAAAAAAUGAGUUCACUAGAUCAAAGCAUUCAUACCAAGUGUGAGGAGCUGGAUGAAUUUGCUUUAGCAAGGAGAUCAUCUCUGGAACAGCACCUGCAAUUGGAGAUAUCACUUUUUAAAAUAGCAAUCCAGAGACCUGGUGUUUUGCACUGGCCAAGCUGAGCUGUGGUAGGAAUCACCAUGACUUCACUCUCAAGUCUUUGAUGGUUACACUAAUUUCUACAUUCCCCCUAGAAAUACGGUUCUACUUUUGAUUUACCAUUUUGAUAGGAAGGGCACAGCCCUCCCUAAUGGCUUGUGCUUGUCCUAUCCUACUAUGGUCCCUUCUAUCCCACAUUUCAGAGCGUCAUUGUGGGAACGAUGCCUCUUUCAAAAUAUAUCCAUUUCAGCUAUUCACUCAAAAUAAUCCUUGGUUGGCCUUGAGAUUCCACUGUGUCUACUGUGGUACAAAUUUGAUCUAUUAAUCAUCCCCAUUGGUUGGCAGAUUGCAUGCUUUUCUAUUGUCCCCAGAAAUUGGACUUAGCUUGGAGCCAGUAUCCUACAGAUCUCCUCUCCCCAUGUUUGGAUAUUUUUCUUUUCCUUAUAUAAUUCCCAGAUAAACGGACAUGGAUCCCUUUGGGGAAGGCCAAGGAAGGUUCACCCUAUAUAUUAAGUAUUAAAAUAAGGUUUCCUUUCAAAGACAUUUGACUUUCUCUUUAUCAAGGGUCUGGAAAUUAGUGGGAGAUGUUGACUCCACCUUGGCAGCUUGAGACAGACCUGAUGCCCAACCAGAAGUCUUUAGUUAUGGUUAUAACUAGGUAAUAUCUUAGGGACUGUCUGGCCUUCUUCAUUCCUGGGACCCAGUGAUUAAUUAGCCACAGCUAGAGGUCUGGUUUUCAUGCCCAUGACUAUUUUAAUGACUCCUCUACUCUGCUGCUGAGAUCAGGUUGCUCAUUUUCAGCAGCUCUUCCAACCAGCAUUCCAGGCCUAGAGAGGAAAGCCAGCAGAGCCUCACCCAUUUAUUUCUCAUGGCAAGGAGUGAGACCAUCUUCUGGGUCCUGUCAGAGGACAGUGAGAGGGUGGAGGGACUGGAUGCAUGCAAGGGACCCAAUAAAGCAUUCUUUUCUCCUGAAA